AUCCAAAAUGGAAGAAAUAGAGGACUUGGCGUCCACCAUAUCCCAGAGCACCCAAGUCCUCACUCAAGCCCUCAGACACCAAGGACUUAACAUGCCCACUUUCUCACCCGACUCGCCCGUGACAAUUGCCAGGCAAACACCCGAAAUAGUGCGCACUAAAGCCGCCGCCAUCAACGCCUGCCUUGAACUCCUUGAUCGCCUUCAGGGCCCAUUGACCUGCAUUCUACCCCUGUACAAUGGGAGCGCUCUACAGGCUAUCUCACGGUACAAGAUCGCGAAUCACGUCCCCGAAGUGGGCGAGAUCUCGUACGAACAGCUGAGCGAGAAGUGCAGAGUUCACAUCUUUGAGCUGAAGCAGGUGGUGAGGUUUGCGAUAGUUUUCCAUCGACUAUUUCAAGAGCGCCGGAAGGGAUUCGUGUCACAUUCUGCGGGAUCGAAAGCGUUAGCGACUGAUGCAGUGAUCCAGGCGGGGAUCGGGCAGUUUGAUGAGUUCUACGGAUCGUUCGCGAGGACGGUAGAUGCAAUGCAGCAGUUCCGCGGCCACGAGCCGAAUGAGACGGGAUUCUCGCUGUCUCACCACACGAACGAGAAUCUCUUUGACUACCUACAGUCCCGACCCGAAAAGGCAAGGCAAUUCUCUGAAGCCAUGAAGUUCUACACUGGCCCCAUACCGGCGUACUCGCCUUCCUUCCUAAUCAAGGGAUACCCAUGGGCUUCCCUACCCGACGGGGCGGUAGUGGUCGACCUAGGCGGCUCUGACGGCCACAUUGCCCGUUUGAUAUCCAACGCAAACCCGGGGAUGCGCGUUGUUGUCCAGGAUGUCUCGUCUGUAGUGGAGGAGGCCCGAGCCACUAUGCAAGCGGAGAACCGCGCAGUUGAGUUUCACGUUCAUGAUUUCUUUAACCCCCAGCCUAUUGUUGCCGACUUAUAUCUCUUUCGGUGGGUGCUCCAUGAUUGGUCCGAUGAGUAUGUGGUCAAAAUUCUGAGACAACUGGUUCCUGCGCUUCGAACGGGCGCGAAGGUGGUUGUCAAUGAGAGCCUGUGUCCAGAUAGUGGGUCAUUGCCGAUUGCGACAGAGAGAUAUAUUCGGUAUAUGGAUCUAAUGAUGCUUGCUAUUAAUAAGUCUCGGCUGAGGGAUGAGGACGAGUGGCAAGCUUUGUUUAGGGAGGCAGACGAGAGGUUUGGACCAGUCAGGUGUUGGACACCUGAGGGGGCGGCAUUGGCAAUCAUUGAGGUUACCUGGGAAGGAGCCCCGAAAUGAAAGCGGGUCCAUUACAUAUUUAGGCUACUCAUCUUUUCUUAUAUUCCAAUCAAACCAGUAAUCUUGCCGGCGGUUGCCUGCAGUAAACCUCGGUAGGCCUUCCUGGAAGGGGUGGGAUGGGCGUUAAGGACCAGGACUUUAUUGGAAGACCUUCCACCUGGGAAAUCGCAAAGGGAUGCUAGAAGUGUUUGAUCUCAUCACCUCUAAGAUCUGCGAUACCAGUCGUGUAUGUUCGACUAUGAUGAGGUGUUCGGUGCGUGAGCUCCUAAGUUAUGGUACGGUUGUAGGAACGGAUGCAGGCAUAUUUU